AUGUGUCGAUUUAGCCGCAGAGAUUUUGGCACGAUUUAUAAUAGGAGAACUGGUAGGAAAUUUUUGGGAUUUAUUAAUGUUAGAAUUUAGAAAUUCUGAAUUCAUAGAUAAUUCAAUUGUCAAAGGUCAGCGCCUAGAGAACCUAGUUCUCAAGUAAGCGAGUCUAGCGACCUUAGUGCUCAAGUAGCCAAGCCUAGAAACCUCAGUUCUCAAGCAGCCGUACCUAGAGAAGCUAGUUCUCAAGUAGCCGAGCCUAGAAACCUCAGUUCUCAAGCAGCCGUACCUAAAGAACCUAAUUAUCUAGAACCCGAACCUAGAUAACCUGAUUCUCAAGUAGCCGUGCCUAGAAAAUUCAAUUGUCAAGGAUCAGUGCCUAGAGAACCUAGUCCUCAAGCAGCCGCGCCUACAGAAAAUGAAUCACCAUCUAGCUUCUCCUUCUAUACUUCUCCACCCAAAACAUCUCAUCCUCCCAAUAUUCCAGAAUCCCCCUUGCCAUCUCUCAAUUAUGUAUAUAGCUAUUCAAUGAAACCGCCGCCACCCCAAACCGCCACACGUCAACAAUUCGAAGUUGAGCCGUGUCUUCGACACUCGCAAAUUAUGCGAGACGCGAUUCGACCGAGUCGAAAAUCGGAUUUCGCUCGGAAAUGUAUUGCUGUCAUUCUGCUACAUGCCAUAUUUCUAUUUGCGAUUUUAGCCGCCUUGAUUAUUGGUCAUUGGAUUUCAGAUGAGAAACCGUUUACAAAUCGAACAUCGGUUAGUUUUGUGACCUUGAGUAGAGAACUCAGAUUUCCCUUGUAGCCCCCUUUACGUGUCUCUAAUUUUUUUAUAGUUUAACUACUCAAAUGCCGGGUUUAUGUUUGAAAAUCUUAACAAAAUAACAACAACAACUAACAUUGUCCAUCAAUUUGACGCGCCUAAUCCAACACUACUAACAACAUCGGCCGAAUAUGCGAGAAAAAAUAUGCCGAGGGUUGUGGAACGACUAAUACCGGUUUGCAUUUUUUUGAUACUGACAAGGGCCUAGGAUUCCCCGACUUUCUAAUGUUCAUAAAAUCAAUGUUUUCAGCUCGAGAAAAAGAAGAACUACACAAUAUUGGAUGUUUUUCCACCAUCACAAGACGCAAAUUUCGCGGUUUCUGAGCAGCUCCAUGGAGUUAGGUCAAAUCGACUGAAGACUGACGCAUUGCUAGUUCCACUUCCCUUAUACAUCCUUCCUUAUCACUAUGAUCUUCGGUUGGAUUUUCGAGAUUUUGAUACGUUACUUUUUGUUAGAGUGAAUAUCACAAUUCAUCUUGAAAGUUUCGGAAAUUCGACUGAAGAUGAGAUUCAAUUCCAUCUCGGUCCAAAUAUUCAAAUCGAGAAAAUGCGAUUGCGAAAAGAUGGGAAGAAAUUGUACGCGGAACAUUUUAAGAAAGAAGAAUCGAAGAAAUUGGGAAGAUUGAAACUCAAAGACCCUCUUCGGAAGGGAAAAUAUAUCCUUGAGAUGGAAUAUAAUAUGACAAUUUGUGAUGAAGAUAUUGAUGGUGUUCGAUGUUCUCUCGAUGUUCAGAAUAAUUCAUCACUUUUGGCGACGAGUUUUACAACAAAGUUUGAGCCAACUUUGGCUCGAGCGUUUUUCCCAUGUUGGGAUGAACCUGGAGUCAAAGCAACUUUUAAUAUAUCAGCGAUUCAUGAUCCAAAAUACAACGUGCUGUCUAAUAUGCCAGUAGUUCUUGGAACUCAGCAAAAAGGAAUAACACAUUUCCAACAAACGCCGCCAAUGUCAACAUAUUUAUUGGCUUUCGCAAUCGGUGAAUUCGUCAAACUCGAAUCUCGAACAGAUCGUGGAAUUCCGGUGACAGUUUACGCGUAUCCGGAAGAUGUUAUGUCAAUGAAAUUCACUUUGGAUUACGCGCCAAUGAUUUUCGAUAAAUUGGAAGAAACUCUGGAGAUCUCAUAUCCGCUUCCAAAAAUUGAUCUGAUCGCCGCUAGAAAUUUUCAUGUUGGUGGGAUGGAAAAUUGGGGAUUGAUUGUGUUUGAGUACGCAUCUGUUGCUUAUACUUCGCAGAACUCAGAUCAUGUUAAUGAGACUGUUGAUCGGAUGUAUAAUGAGUAUCGGAUCGGGAAAUUGAUUGCUCACGAGGCUGCACAUCAGUGGUGAGUUCACACUAUUUGAACUUGCGGUUCAAAACAUUUUUCUUAUAGGUUCGGCAACUUGGUAACAAUGCGUGAUUGGAGUGAACUAUUCCUCAACGAGGGAUUUGCCACGUUCUUCGUCUAUGAACUAAUGUCCUUCGAGCGACCCAUCACAGCUCAAUUCGAAUAUUUCGAUGGUCUUGCUGUCCUUUUCGCUGCUCAAAGUGAAGAAGAUCACAAAUUAGCCCUGGUCCGUGAAUUGAACACAGAAUCCCAGGUUGAAAAAUCAUUCCACCCAACAAAUCUCUAUACAAAAGGAUGUGUUUUUAUUCGCAUGAUUCGAGAUUUGGUUAGUGAUUUUGAUUUCAAAGCGGCGGUGAGGAGAUAUUUACGGAAGAAUGCUUAUCGAUCGGUUUCGAGGGAUGAUUUGUUUGCGAGUUUGCCAGCGUAUGCGGAUCAUGGAGCAGAACAGGUGAGAAAAAAAAUCUGAAACAAAUUCUUUCAUCUCUAAAAGUUCCAGGAAAAAUUAUCGCAAGUCCUCGAAGGCUGGUUUGUCAACGAAGGAAUGCCUGAAGUUACCCUAACUCGAAACUACGACAACGAGAUGAUGACAAUUAGUCAGAAAAAAACAAUUCAUCACGAUUAUCGAAGUUUUCUCAAAGAUCGCAAAGAAGACAAAUUGAGACUUCGAGAAACUCGCGCAGCCAAUAAAAUAGAUCUAGAUGGAAGUACCCCGUUCGAUGAUUCGAUGUUCGACGGAUUUCGACCAAAGAAAAAUGGGUCGACUACAAAAAGACAUAGGACAACUCGGAGAAAUAAGACAACUACUAAACCAAGAUAUCCAAGUGAAAGUAGUCGACGGGACGAAUUGAGGAAGCCUCGAAGAGUUGGAAAUUCACAAGAUCUAUGGACAAUUCCAAUCACUUAUCAAUUUGGAUCUUUAAAAACCAGCGAGGGACAAGUUAUCAGAGAAUUCUGGUUGAAAAAUCGAAGUGUUUCAUUCGCAGAUAACGAAGUCUCACCAAAUCAAGCUGUUCUGGUAAAUCCUGAUUGGAAAUACCCGUUCCGAGUCAAUUACGAUCUUUUGAAUUGGAAACUUCUUGCUCGAACGCUUCAUCAAAAUCAUCUUGAAUUCUCGGAAAAAUCUAGAAUCCAAUUGUUGAUUGAUUCCGAAUAUUUCUUGAGUAAUUCGAAUAAUCCACAUCUUUAUUUGUAUUUGUUAGGCUAUCUCGCGCAUGAGACAAAUUUGGAAGUUAUGCUAAUUGGUAUUGAUUCUGUCUAUAGAUUCAUUGAUAUUUACAAAGGAACAUCGUUAAAUCAAGCAAUUGUAAUUUAUUUUGCCCCGGUGAUUAGUCAAAUGGACAAUUUACUCCUAGAAAGUCAAACAGACGCGGAAACCGCAAGCCUAUGGUUGGUGCGUCCGGAAAGAUUGGCGAAGUUAUAUCAACUUCGAUGCGCUGUGAAUAUUCCGAGCUGCAAAAAUGAGUAUCACACACAAAAAUGGGCACAUUCGCCAGAUGAUUGGACAGAAGAUGUGCAUAAACAAGUUACAGCUGUUUGUCAUCAACUUUUCACGGGGAACAAUGAUGAGCAACUGAGGAAUGUUGUAAGUUUUAUUAUUGACUGAUAAAAAUUCUGAAAUGUUGAACUGUUUCAGCACCAACUCCUCCUCUCCCGCCUCAAAUCAACCGGUGCUCAAUGGGCUCUCACAAUUCAACUAGCCGCCUGCUCACACGACUCCAAACUUCUUCGAAAAACCGCGCAAGCUAUUGUCGCAACAAAAAAUGCCGCAGUCUACGCAUCCGCACUACAAUCGGAUUUUUCUCUCCACUACAAUCCGGCGUUCCGGAAGCAGUUUUGGAGCGAAAUUGCGAAGAUGAGUAUUGUUGAGAAGAGCGCGUUGUUCUCAACGAAUUCUAGUGAUAUUUUGACGGCUUCGAGGAUUUUAUUGCAUUCGGUGAAGACGAUUGAUGAGUUACAACAGGUACUGUGCGAACAUUAAAAUCCUACUGUACGCAAAAGUGCGUCGCAGUGUUUGCACAGCAGAUAUCAACUCAUUUUUUGCAGGUCCGAAGUCUUCUGCCAGAUUGGGGACCUCUAAUGUCCCUACACUUUGAAUAUCUCGAGCGCUAUCUUCUGUGGAUCUCAAAUGUCUCCCAAGGUGUUCUUCAUCAAUUUUUCGCCGCCGAUCUUCUCAAUUUCUAA